AUUUUAAAUCUAUACAAACAUCAUUAGUCAAAAACUCAAAAGAGACCUUACACACACACAGCCAGCAUGACAGACGAAGAACAGCAGCUCGAAACCACAGAAGAGCUAAUGCAGCAGCUAAGAUCAAAAGCUACAGAGCUCCUCUUAAGAGAAGAAUGGGAACAGUGUGUACAAGUCUACUCUCAUUUCGUCAAUCUCUGCCAACAACAAAUCGUAAAAUCAACCCAUGAUUUAACUCAACUUUCCAAACUCAAUAAAUCCCUCUGUUUAGCUUUCUCCAACCGAGCCGAAGCAAGAUCGAGGUUGCGAGAUUUCAAUGAAGCACUGGUAGAUUGUGAAGAAGCAUUGAAAAUAGAGGGUACCCAUUUCAAGGCUCUGCUCUGCAAAGGUAAAGUAUUGCUUAGUUUGAAUAGAUACUCCAUGGCUUUGGAUUGCUUCAAAGCCACUCUCGUGGAGGCCCACACUAGUGGAAAUCUAGAAUCUGUUCAUGGGUUUUUGGAGAAAUGCAAGAGGCUUCAAUAUCAAUCAAGAACGGGUGCUUUUGAUCUCACAGAUUGGAUCUUAAAUGGGUUUCAUGGAAAAUUUCCAGAAUUGGCGGAAUACAUUGGUCCUGUGAAGAUAAUGAAAUCUGAGAUUAGUGGACGAGGCCUCUUUGCAACAAAGAAUAUUGAUAUUGGGACUUUGGUGUUAGUCACCAAAGCCAUAGCUACUGAGAGAGGUAUAUUGUCCAGUGAAGAUAAAAGUGAGAAGGUGCAACUUGUUAUGUGGAAAAACUUCAUUGAUAAAGUAAAGGAAUGUAUUUCAAAGUGCCAAAGGACUCACCACUGGAUUAGUACAUUAUCUCGUGGUGCAAAUGAGGAUGGUCUAGAAGUUCCUGAUACCUGUCUGUUUAAGCCUGAGACUGAAGGGAGUAGCUAUUCAACUGGGCAGGUUGAUAUGGGUAGGAUUUUGAGCAUUUUGGAUGUGAAUUCUCUUGUGGAGGAUGGAGUUUCGGCAAAGGUUUUGGGGAAGAACAGAGGUGUUUAUGGGGUUGGAUUAUGGAUUCUAGCUUCAUUCAUAAACCAUUCUUGUAGUGGUAAUGCAAGACGCAUACAUGUGGGUGACAACAUCAUGGUUCAUGUUUCUAGGAAUGUAAAGGCAGGUGAAGAGAUCACAUAUGCGUAUUUUGACACACUAGUACCACUGGAGAAACGAAAGGAAAUAUCCCAGACUUGGGGAUUUAAUUGUAAUUGUAACAGGUGCAAGUUUGAGGAAGGAAUGAGUUCAAAGUCAAAGCAAGAGUUGAGGGAGAUUGAAAUGGGAAUGGAUGUAGGAAGUGCAGUGUAUAGAAUGGAGGAGAAUAUGAAAAGAUGGAUGGUAAGAGGGAAAGAGAGAGGGUAUUUGAGGGCAUCAAAUUGGAAAGCGUAUAGUGAGACAUAUGGAACGGAGAGGUUGAUGAAGAGGUGGGGAAGGCGAAUUCCAGCAGUGGAAGGUGUUGUGGAUAGUGUUGUUGAAACUGUGGGUAGUGACGAGAGGCUAUUCGAGGUUUUGAAGAAAAAUGGCAGCGGUGUGGAAGAGACGGAGAGAAGACUUAAGUUAGCAAAGGGAGUGUAUGGAAAGUUUAUGAAAAAGCAAGCAUUGAAAUCUCUUCUUGAGAUGGACAUUUGUUAACAACAUUCAUUCUGUUGACUUGUUCAAUUUCUUGUGACUAACAGUAAUAAAUUGAAAUGCCAAAUGAUUGCGCAUUGUUUGUGUGUU